ACGCAGCCGGCGCAGCCCUUGAUGUUUGUCUUUUCUUCAAUAUGGCGGAGCUAAAGAAAGCGUCCGAGAAGAAAAUCAGGAAGAAAACCGAGAAGAAGACUAAGGAGCCGAAGGAUGCAUCCAAAAAUAUAAUGCGUGAAGUCAAAAUCCGAAAGUUGUGCUUAAAUAUUUGUGUGGGCGAAUCAGGUGAUCGACUGACGCGUGCUGCCAAGGUCUUGGAACAACUGACUGGCCAGCAACCAGUGUUUUCUAAGGCUCGAUAUACGGUACGUUCAUUCGGUAUCCGCCGUAAUGAAAAAAUAGCUGUGCAUUGUACUGUACGUGGCGCGAAAGCUGAGGAGAUUCUGGAACGUGGCUUGAAGGUACGCGAAUAUGAAUUGAGAAAAGAAAACUUUUCUUGCACCGGCAAUUUUGGCUUUGGUAUUCAAGAGCACAUUGACUUGGGAAUUAAGUACGAUCCCAGUAUUGGUAUCUACGGUUUAGACUUCUACGUUGUACUUGGACGCCCAGGAUUUAACGUAGCUCACAGAAGAAGAAAAACUGGUAAGGUCGGUUUUCAACACCGGCUUACCAAAGAAGAUGCUAUAAAAUGGUUCCAACAAAAGUAUGAUGGUAUUAUCAUAACAGGAAGGAAGUGAUUCACAUGUAUUUUAUAUUGUACAAUUUAGUAAAUAAUUUUAACAAAAAUUGUCUAUA